AUGCAGAACGCCCGAGGAAAGCGCAGGGCUUCCUGCAUCCCUUGCUACACGCGAAAACAAAAGUGUAAUCGGCAGCACCCGUGCAACCAUUGUACUCGCCGUCGGCGCCCCGAGGACUGCGCCUAUUAUCCAUCGGAAGCAGUCCAACUGGCCAACCCACCAGUGCCGGACAUUCCCCGGGAGAUUGAGCAAAUCGGAAGCCACCAGCGAACCAAUACCACAGACCUCAUAUCCUAUGAUUUGUUUCCUGACAAAGGCAUAAAAAAUCCAACGAAAAACCUACUGACGGAAGUAUUUGGCUAUUCCGAGGAUAGUCACACCAAUACCUUGGCCCUUUUGCAGAAAGGAGAAUCAUACGAAGAAGAGAGCCUCGAUGGCAAAGGCCAAGCCCUAUCAAAUAGCACCGCGACCGAGGCCCAGCAGUGCCUUGAGAAGAUGCCGGAUCGACCAAUCUUGGAUUUCCUCGUGAGAUACUUUGCGGCUGAAGUAAAUUGCGACACGAUUUGUGGCACGAACCUGGCGAACAUUCGUCAAGCGUGUGAUGAUACUGCUGAAAAUGUUUCAUUGAUAUGCGCUCGCCUUAAUCCUAAAGGCAGUCUGCUUCGCGUACAGCAUCUGGCCUUUGCGGGACUGAAAUCCCGAUGUGAGGGACGAACGAGUGACUUCCGGGAUUCGCUCAGCUGCGCAAUCCAGGUUGCUUUAAAAACCGGAAUCGACAGAAACACCACAGAGCUGCGGGAGAACUAG